AUGAUCGCCUUUUUCCUCAGCGCCUACUACAACUCCAUCCUCGUGUACUCAUGGUCGUACUUCUUCCGGUCCUUCGAGUCGCCACUGCCCUGGACCGUGGCCCACAACGCCUCGGAUAUCUUGAACGAAGGCUACUUCAACAACCAGGUUCUGCACCGCACUGCCAGCGUGGAGAUACUGGGGGGAUUCCAGCCGGGACUGUUCUGCCUGUACAUCUUCAGCAUUGUGCUGUGCACGCUUGCGAUUGUGAAGGGAGUGAAGGUCAGUGGGAAGAUCACGCUGGUGACGGCCAGCUUGCCGUACCUGCUGCUGGCGGUGCUGCUGGUUCGAGGGCUGUUUCUGGAAGGCGCGGGAGACGCCUUGCAAUAUUUGCUGACCCCUCAGCUUUCAAAACUGCUGAGGCCUGGUAUUUGGAAGGACGCCUGUGUCCAGGUCUUUUUCCAGCUGUCGGUCGGAACAGGCGUGCCUAUCAUGUUCAGCAGCUUCAGAGAGAGGAGGGCGCCGAUCGGCAGGUUCACAUGGCUGUUCUGUGCAGGGGUGGGGCUUUGUGGACUGCUGUCGGUGGUGAUCGUCUACAUCUACAUGUUUCAUUUCGCCAGGCUGCAUGGACUGCAGUUCGAGGAGGUAGUGGUGUCAGGCCCUUCUCUUGCCUUCGUGGUGUUCUCACAGGCUCUGGCUCUCCUGCCGUGGCCUAACCUAUGGUCAGGACUGUUCUAUUUCACUCUGAUCCUGCUCGGCAUCGACAGCGAGUUCGGCUUCAUGGAGACAGUCGCGGCCUCAGUAGAGGACGCCAUCCCUGACUUCAAAAAGUGGGCGGACCCCAUCGCCGUCCGCAAAGUAAUGGGGGCAAUCCUAUGCUGUUGCUCGGUACUGUUCAGCUUUGGCAACGGGUACCACAUGGUCAUGCUCGUAGACUCUUUCACUUGCAACCUACCGAUCCCGCUGAUCUGCCUGGCCGAGGCGUACCUGAUAGGCCAUCGGCUGGACUACAUGGCGCUGGAGGCCAAGCAGCAGCAGCUCACGGGGGCGGGCUCUGACCGGCUGCUUCUGCGAGAAAUUACAGGGCUUAGAGUGACCUACGCACUGUUGGUGAUCCUUGCGAUCGGACUGUUCGAGCAACUGGCAUACGCGUGGACCCUUAACUUCGUGCUCAACUUGCUGGGGUGGUCGAUCACACUCAGCCCGGUGCUCCUAACCCUCCUAUUCCUGAAAAGGGGGGGCUCCACCCUCUCCAUCGACGAACUAGACAUCCGCAACAUUUACACAAAGCCACGCCCCCUCGAACUCGAGAUGUACUGA